GCGAAAAUCCUAGUUUAAAUGCACGUGCAACAAAUAAUAAAAAUACUAGGAUUGCGGAACAUCCAGAUAAAAAUAUAUUGGGAAAUGAUGAAGAUCUAGUUGAUGUGAAAAUUGAAGUAGCUACGAAUUUUGUUGAUACAGGAGAAACUUAUAAUAGAAGUAACAUAGUCGUCGACGACACAUUUGCCUCUAUAGUUGCUUUUACCAUCUCCAAUAAUCUGGAUCCAGAACCAAAAUUAAUUUUAGAGUGCCGGAAGCGCUCCGAUUGGGUAAGAUGGAAAGAAGCAAUUGAGGCUGAACUAGACUCGCUAAAUAAACGAAAAGUUUUUGGCUCUAUUGCGCGUACACCUCAAAAUGUUAUCCCAGUAGGAUAUAAAUGGGUAUUUGUGCGAAAGAGAAAUGAAAAUAAUGAUGUGGUGAGAUACAAAGCGAGAUUAGUUGCUCAAGGGUUUUCGCAGAGACCCGGAAUUGAUUUUGAUCAAACAUAUUCUCGUGUAAUUGAUGAAAUAACGUUCCGCUAUUUGAUAUCUCUGGCAGCAACUAUGAAUUUAGAUAUGCAGUUAAUGGACGUC